GCGGUCUUGUUAUACAUUCGGAAGGCUACCUUGAACGUCAUUGCUUCGUUGACCAGUCUUUAGGGUGGGCUGCGUAUGUUUCUGUUGGAAGUUGAUCGCUAUAGAGAGAUUGAGGGAUUGUGGUAACGGUAAUUCAUUAGUACAUUUUUUUCUUCUCUAAUGGCUGGACGUGUUCAUCUUGUGUUCGUCGUCGUAGUUUUGCUUACUACCUCUCUUGUGAGGGAAUGUCAAGCCACCGCCCCCACCGUGUCUGCCCCUGCUGGCAGAUUCCAGGGUCUUCUGGAGAAUGAUCAGAAAGGCCAGCCGUAUUUUGCCUUCAAGGGGAUUCCAUACGCAAAACCACCGGUUGGAGAACUACGAUUUGCCUUGCCGGAACCUUUGCCCAAACUAGACGGAACAUUCGACGCGACAAAAUAUGGGCAGAUAUGCCCCAUGCCAGACAUGUAUUUGGAACUCGCAGACAUGAAACAAGGUGAAGAGGACUGCCUCUUUUUAAAUAUCUACGCCAAAGAGUUGGCUCCAUCGUCUCCCAAGAAGGUCAUGGUCUUCAUACACGGCGGGGGGUACGUCGUUGGGAGUUCUAAUGAGUACAACACAGGCAAUGUUGUGACGACUCACGACAUUGUUUUCGUUACCAUCAACUACCGCUUGGGCGUUCUUGGUUUCCUCAGCACUGGGGAUCAGUCCAGCCCUGGAAACUUUGGGCUCUGGGACAUGACCUUGGCUUUGAAAUGGGUCAAGAACAACAUAGCGUCUUUCGGAGGCGACCCUAACGACGUCACCAUAUCAGGGGAGUCUGCUGGGGGUUCUGCCGUGGGGUAUCUUUCCAUCUCCCCUCACACCAAAGGACUUUUCUCUAAGGCGUACCCACAGAGCGGAACUCCUACUUCAGCAUUCGGCAAAGCACUGGAUCCACAGAAAGAUGCUUUAACUUUCGGUGCCAGUGUCAACUGCUUUGAAGGCGACGCCUCGCAAAAAGUUGACUCUGAUACGACCAGGACAGUGGUAGAGUGUCUGCGCAACCUGCCCCUGUCUAACUUCACCCAGUACAUGGUGUUUGGUGUUGACAAAACUGUUUUUGUUCCCAUAGUUGACAAAGACUUUGUCCCGAGACCACCUCUGCAGCUACUCCAAGACGACAGUUACCUGGAAGACGUAGGUUUCUUCAAAAGAUCGUACCUUGUAGGGAUUGAUAACAACGAAGCUUCCAUUAUGAGAAGCCAUGCUGGGACCUCUUUAGCUAUUGCUAUUAACAGCCGGGACGAUAUCACUGACGAAGAAAAAGCAGAACUAUUGAGAAAAACACUAUCUUCAGCGUACAACUUUUACGCUCGGUCCCGAAUGGACGCCCCGGUGUCGACCACCAUCGUUGACAAAAUCGUUAGUUGGUAUGACAGACGAUAUGGGGAUGAUAUUCUAGCAAUGUUAAGCAGUGAUUUGAACUUUGAGGUUCCUACUUUCGAUUUUAUAGACGCUGCCUCCAGAGGAAGAGAUACUAAAGUUUGGCUUUUCCACUUUAAUCACUUCCCGAGAUUUAUGAAAGGAAAAGAGAAGGGCAUUGUUCACGGACUUGAUUUGUGUUACUGGUUUGAUUUGUCCGUGGAAAGGAUGGAGAAACUUCUCAGACAAGGAAUGGAUGGUACAAUAGGAAUGGAUGACGAAGAUUUGGACCUCAAGUCACGACUUUCCAAAAUCAUCGCAGACUUCACAAAAACUGGGAGGGCAGGCUGGCCACAGUACAAUACGGAAGACAUGAAGUACCUGGACUUCAAACCUCGUGCAGAGGUCAAACAGGGUCUGGAGAUGGACAAGAGGAGAUUCUGGCUGGAAGAACUCACGAAAUCGGCUCCUGAAAAACAUAUGCAUACUGAUUUGUAGAUCUAUUACUUGUAUAAUCGCGUGAUAUUUCUUCGGAUAUUAUAUUAGGUUUUAUACAGAAAGACAUAUUGUACUUUCACUUCAAUGAGGAAACGGAUAAGUGAGAGAAGGUUCUGGCUCGGAGGCCUUUGAGAACUUGUUCUGAAAAGGUAAAAAUGCAAACGGGUUUGUAAGAGUGUCAGCGAUAAGCCAUAAGAUAUUGUUUGUGUACUAGGUCGUAUGAUUAUGUAACGAGGCCAGCUCUACUCCGUACGGCACACAUAGAAAUGUAUUUUUUUGUACAUGGAAACAGUAGUAUGCCAGUUCGGUUUAUGACAACAAGGCAAUAUAGUAACUGAGUCUGUUUCUAGUAGUGUGUUACGAGGGAACAACAUGUAGGCUUGGGGCCUAUAUUUAUUUCAAGAUAACAACUGAAUGAGGAACCAUCAACCUGCAAGUUUGUGAGUCAAUCAGCAGAUCUGACAGGGGAACAGAAGUUGAAAAAUAACGAUCAGUCACCUAUCUUGCCCUCUUUAAGCAAUCAGAUGAUCGAAACUUUAGACCAAUUUUAUUAAAGUUCUGAAUGGAGAGAAAACUGACACCCCUCUGAUCUGUGGCUGUAGUUGAUCUAACAGAUAAUUUUUCAGGCAGUGUUUUUUCCUUUUAUAUUAUUUCUAUUGUUUCUACUGGGUUACUAGGUGGACUCUCUCUCUCUCUCUCUCUCUCUCUCUCUCUCUCUCUCUCU